AUGGGUGGUCUUACUGACAGCUUGGGUGAUUUGAAGAACCUUACAAAAUUCAUAAUGAACAACAUUAAUGAAGAAGAUGAUAUAAAACUAGCUGAAGGUCUGACAAACCUGAAGAAGAUGAAUUUAUUCCGUUUGAUCCACUUGUCUGACAUUGGAGAGGGAAUGGAUUACAUAGUCAAGUCUCUGUCAAGUGAACCCUGGAACCUUGAAGAAAUCCAAUUAGUCUCCUGCUGCUUGUCUGCAAAUGCAGUGAAAAUCCUAGCUCAGAAUCUUCACAAUUUGGUCAAACUGAGCAUCUUAUCAGAAAAUAACCUGGGAAAAGAUGAAAAUGAAGCUCUGCAUGAACUGAUUGACAGGCUGAACAUGCUAGAACAGUUCACUGCACUGAUGCUGCCCUGGGGCUGUGGUGUGCAGGCUUGAUGCCUGACCAGCCUGUUGAGACAUUUGGAGGAGGUCCCAUAACUUAUCAAGCUUGGGUUGAAAAACUGGAGACUCACAGAUACAGAGAUUAGAAUUUUAGGUAGGUACACAAAUACGGAGCCAAGAAAAAAGGAUUUGGCCCUUAAAAAGUUCUUGGCCUAGUGCGGUGGCUCACAGCUAUAAUCCCAGCACUUUGGGAGGCUGAGGCGGGUAGAUCACGAGUUCAGGAGAUCAAGACCAUCCUGGCCAACAUGGUGAAACCCUGUCUCUACUAAAAUACUAGCUGGGCAUGGUGGCUGGCAACUGUAGUUCCAGCUACUUGGGAGGCUGAGGCAGAAGAAUUGUUUGAACCUGGGAGGCGGAGGUUGCAGUGAGCUAGAUCAUGCCACUGCACUCCAGCCUGGCACCUAGUGACAGACUGAGACUCUGUCUCAAAAAAGUUCUUAAGUUACUAAACACUGGGGUCUA